AUGGUGCGCCUAAGCAGUCUCAAACAAAAGCUGAAGAGCAAGGUCGUCCCAAAACUUCUCCAGGAGCAGGCCAGCCCCCCGAGAAUCGACCAUCCCGCCAAGGGCAAGCCGGUCUACCUUCCCCAAUUCCGCAUCGCUCUCAUCCGCACCCCCAAACUCUCCCCUUACUACGCUCAAUUCCGCGUCCCCCUCGCCUUCAAUAAGUUUGAUCUCCGCGAUUACCUCCAGAACCUCUACGGCGUCGGCGUCCACGGUAUCCGCAGUUACGUGCAGCAACAACCCAUCACACGUAUCACCCGCGAUGGAAAGGGUUACGGCCCAUGGCGCCGGCCUAAAUCGCAGAAGCGCAUGACCGUCGAGCUGCGUGAGCCUUUCGUGUGGCCCGAGGCGCCGAAGGAUUUCACCCCAUGGGAAAAGGAAGGCUGGGAAACCGCCGAGAAAUGGCAAAUCGACCAACAAGAAAAGGACCAACCCAAGCCGAACAAGGGCCAGGAGCCCGACCAGGAACUGCGCGAUGCCUACGCCAAGCAGGCUAAGGAUCUCCUUGAGAACAAGGAGAAGUGGCGGCCGACUUGGAAGGGUCUUGGCUUGGACAAGGUUGAGAAGACUGGCGAUUUCAUUUUGAAGAAUUCGUUGCCUGAGUGGUAUACUACGCACCGGAAGAGCCGCGGUAGGCGGUAA